CUCUUCCUGGGUGACCUCGUUUCCAUGGUGACCGCAUUGCACCUGAGCAGCAGCCCGUGCGUUCUCCUGCAGCAGACCACCGGCACGCACACCCCGGCAGCGUUGCGGGGGGCCACACGGCUCGUGUCUUCAGGCCAGAGCUCACAGCGGCCACCCCGGGAUUCUUUUAUAGGAAACGUCUGGGAGCUGAAGGCUCCGGGAGGCCUCCCGUCAUGCAUUGCUUUAUUGUGGCCGGUAGCUCAGGGAGAUAGGAGAAAAGGCAGCCGGACAGAAGGAGCAGGCCAGCGGACAUGACCCACAGCACUGGCCGGCUGUAAUACCCGAUACAUGUGUACAGCUGACAUCUUGCUCUCUUCUGAAGAGUGAAAACCAUCAUGGCCACUUCCAACCUGGAAAACCAGCUACAAAGUGCCCAGAAGAAUCUGUUAUUUCUGCAGCAGGAACAUGCCAACACACUGAAAGGCUUGCACGCUGAGAUCCGCAGGCUGCAGCAACAUUGUACAGAUCUGACAUAUGAACUGACUCUUAAAACUUCUGACGAGACAGGGGAUAGUACUUCAAGAAGCAGUGCGCUAAGGAGAAACUGUGAAGAACUGGAAGCUCAGCUGAAAGACAAAGAAAAGGAGAACAAGGAGUUGUUAAAGGAGUUAGAGCAGAAAAAUGCGAUGAUAAUGGUCCUUGAAAAUACAAUAAAGGAAAGAGAGAAAAAAUAUUUAGAAGAACUAAAAGUUAAAAGCCAUAAACUAAACAUGUUGUCCAGCGAACUGGAGCAGAGAGCCAGCACUAUCGCCUAUCUUACAUCCCAGCUGCAUGCAACCAAAAAGAAGUUGCUCAGUUCAAGUGGGGCCCCCGAGGUUGCUCCUCCAGGGAGUCCAGUAAUGUCCAGUUAUAAGCCAUCUCCCCCAAAGGAAAAACUACCCGAGACUCCAAGAAGAAGAAUGAAAAAGAGUCUGUCCACACCCCUUAAUGCUGACUUUGCUGAGGUCUACAGGCUGGCGGCAGAUGGUCGUAAGAUAAUGUUGCGGGAGCCUGUGGAUGCUAUGCCUGACCCAACUCCAUUUUUAUUGGCGAGACAGUCGGCGGACACACAGAUCAUCAAAGAGCGGCCACUUGUUAUACCUCCUAUUCGCUCUGAUUCAAGUAGUCCAGCGAAAGAGAAGAAGCAGAAAGCCCACAUCGGGGUGGCACACAGGAUUCCACAUGCAACCACUGUCCAGAGCCAGCUUGUACCCCAGCCGGAAGUGGAAACAUUAGCAGUGGAUCAGGUUAAUGCAAGCAAAGUUGUUAGGAAGCACUCAGGAACGGACAGAACUAUUUAAAUACAGUAUAUUCAACUAAAACAAUGUUAAAACUUUAACAAAUAUGUUGCUUUUUAUGCACUGUGUGACCACGAUAAAAACAAAUGGUAGAUAUUUUUUUUUUCCAUUUUCCUAUUAUUUUGAAUCGCCCUGCAUGCCAAAUGUAAGCAGACCUUCUAUGGAGAAAAAAAUAAUCUGCUGUCCUGAAAUCCUUAAUGCAAAUGACACAAUGAAUAAGUGCUAUGGUGAUAUAUGAACCUAUGUAAAGCUUGCUGCAAAUCUUACAUCUAAUAGCGGCUAUGCUAUAAAGUAAAGCACAGCAUUGCCACUUCUACUAAAUAAUACAGCAAUAUUAGCCUGACGAGCAACAAGCAGUAUACGGCUGGUAACACGUAAUACUUUAUUCUGUACACUGUAUAACAAUGCCUUUACUCUACAGGCAGCACGUAAAAUAAUGCAGAUAUAUGUGUAUGUCUGAUGGAACCUAAUAAGACAAUGUACUCACACUGA